AUGGCUCUGUGUCAGAAUAGAUUACAAGAGGAGCGCAAGCAAUGGCGACGAGAUCACCCGUUUGGCUUCUACGCGCGGCCGAUGCGGACGAAGGAGGGCGUCUUGGACCUGAAAAACUGGGAGUGCGGCGUACCAGGAAAGGAGAAGACAAUUUGGGAAGGUGGCAUGUUCAAACUGACUAUGUCUUUCCCUGACGAGUACCCCACGAAGCCCCCAAAGUGCAAAUUUGUGCCGCCGCUGUUCCAUCCCAACGUGUACCCCUCUGGCACGGUCUGCCUGUCGAUUCUCAACGAGGAGGAGGCAUGGAAGCCGGCCAUUACGGUCAAGCAAAUCAUGAUGGGCAUCCAGGACCUACUCAACGACCCGAACCCCGAGUCGCCAGCGCAAGCGGAGGCGUACAACCUGUUCAAGCGCGACCGAGUCGAGUACGAGAAGCGCGUGCGCCGCGUGGUGCGUGAGAACCCCGCGCCCUGA